ACACAGCUUGCUUGAGACUGUCCGUCACGUCCGACACCGGCUGGGGCUGCCUUCAGGCUUGUUCGUAUUGCCGACUGUUUGGCUUUUUGGCGCGCGCCCGCCGCAGAGCUUCCCUGACAGCUUUUGUGAAACUCGUGCUUCACUUUACAAGAUCUGAUAAGAAUCCAUUUAUUAUCUGAUCAUCUUGUUUUGCGCACGACUGCUGAAGCGACCAGCUCAAGCUUCAGCGAAGUUCAAGAUGGUGAACGUAUUCGCAGUUCCGGUGUUCUUCAUUUGCUUCCGAGAGUGUUUGGAGUGCACAAUCGUCGUCUCCAUUCUGCUCGCUUUCCUCAAGCAAAGUAUCGGAGGACCCGACAGCGACCAAGCAGUAUACAAGAGGCUCUUGCGACAAGUAUGGCUCGGUAUAGGUUCAGGUCUCCUGAUCUGCCUGGUCAUUGGCGGCUCUUUCGUCGGAGUCUUCUACGGACUUGAUAAGAAUUACUUCAGCAAAGCUGAGGACCUCUGGGAGGGAGUCUUCGGGCUCAUCGCGUCCUUGAUCAUCACCAUAAUGGGUAUUGGACUGCUGCGUGUGUCCAAACUCCAGGACAAGUGGAGAGUGAAGAUCGCGCAAGCCCUUGAGAAGCACCACGGCAGCCAGGGACUCGGUGUCAGAUCGCGCUUCAAGAUAUGGUGCGAGAAAUACGCCAUGUUUCUGCUGCCAUUCAUCACAGUGCUCCGUGAGGGUCUGGAAGCAGUCGUCUUCAUUGGCGGUGUAGGCCUUGGUCUUCCCGCGACCUCGUUCCCGCUGGCUGUGAUAUGCGGACUGCUCGUGGGCUGCGCGAUCGGUUAUUUGAUCUACAGAAUCGGCAAUACCGCAAAGCUGCAGGUCUUUUUGAUCAUCUCAACCUGCUUUCUGUACCUUGUCGCAGCAGGUCUCUUCUCGAAAGCAGUGUGGAAUUUUGAGAUGUAUGCCUGGAGCCAACUGACGGGUGGCGACGCUGCAGAAACUGGAUCUGGCCCAGGUUCAUACGACAUCCGCAAGAGCGUUUGGCACGUCAAUUGCUGCAACCCAGAGAUCAAUGGAGGAGGCGGCUGGGGCAUAUUCAACUCGAUCUUGGGCUGGACGAACUCGGCGACCUAUGGGUCUGUCCUGGCGUACAACCUGUAUUGGCUGGCAGUCAUCGUUGCAUUCCUCUCGCUCGGCUUCUACGAAAAGCGGGGGCACUGGCCACUGAUGCAAUCUAAAGUGCCCAGUCAGCACUCAGAUGUGAAUAGCGAUCACUUGAGUGAAGACCAUGUCGCAGACGAGAAGACGACUGCUACAGUCGUCACCAAGUCUCAUGGCCAGGAGACCUUGGCAUGAGGACAGUGGUGGGCACGAUGUGCGAUUCUUGUUAGGUAGAGCAUGGUACAGAGGCAUGUAUGCGUCAGUGUAUGCAGAGUACGAAGAAACAAGACGAGCUCAUGUUGUGAUGUUAUAAGAGUUGUGCGUGGCAGUGUGCUGGUGUUGAGUGGGGGCAUCUCUCAUUAGUCAGUCGCGCCUCCAUCGUGAG